UAUCUAAUUAUUUAAAUUCAGCCUGUCCAAAUUCAGCUCAUGAGCUGAACGCGCUUCCACUUCUCCGUCGUAAAUGUAUAUUCUUUUGUCGUUAAAGCGAUAUGCGCGUCUAUCCUUUUUUAUUUAUUCUCCGUCUCACUCUAUCGAGCGGAGAGGUGGAAGCGCUUGCGAGUUGAGUUUGGACAGAUCUGGUUUAAAUAUUCAGAAACAAUUAUUACUUAACGUGAUCGAUUAUAUAAAAAUAUGUCAUAAUAUAAAAAUUAUUCCUCUAAAAUUUCUUGUACAAAGCUUAAAUUAUUUCGUGUGUAAUAUUAGACGCAAUUAAAUUUAAUUUAACGCUCGGGUUUCGCUUGAGAAAAAGUCACUACUUUAUUAGAAAUAUAUACGUGGCAGUGUAAAUACAGGUGCGCUGACACACGACCGUUCGAACUAGCAACAAGAUCAGGUAAGAAAUACCAUCUGUUCAGACAACAGAUGUAAAGAACGUUAAAGAUGGAGGUGGUAACUGUGAAAAAGGUGGGAGCACUAAGUGCCUUUAAUUCCGUUGCUCUCUUGGAGUCAGCCUUCACUCUCUCUCUGCAUGGAACGAUUACUCACUUCCUACUAGGAUGCUCAAGUAUAGCGUAGCAUUAUGUAUUGUCUUGGUUUAUCUACUGUGCGUCACGCAUGGCUACAACAGAAGAACUGAUUUCCAGAAUCCCAGGUUCCUAACAAGAAAGACAAGGCCAAAAUCUAAUGAAUUUGAUGCCUUGAUAUUUACUCAGCGAUGGCCGUUGACAGCUUGUUUCGUAUGGAAAAACAAUUCCGAAACACACAGUUGCUCGUUACCUAAGCGUGAAGAAUGGACCAUCCACGGAAUUUGGCCUACAAAAUACAACACAAUGGGCCCUCAGUUUUGUAACAAUUCGUUAAAAUUUAAUGCAAGCACUCUAGCACCUAUAGAAAGUGAAUUAAAAGAAAACUGGAUCGAUAUCCAGAAAGGAUCACACCCUUAUUCGUUCUGGAAACACGAGUGGAAUAAACAUGGCACUUGUGCAGUCACAGUAAAAGCUUUAAACAAUGAAUUUAAUUAUUUCCAAGUAGCUUUGAAAUUACUUGAUAAGUACAACAUGAUAGAUGUACUUUCAAAAGCAAAUAUUUUACCAGGUAAUAAAUAUAUGGUACAACAAAUAUUUAUGGGAAUUCAAAAAGUAUUGAACAAAAAAGGACAAAUAAUGUGUGUCGUUGAUAAGAAUGGUGAAUCGUACGUAGUUGAGAUAAGGAUUUGUUUUGACAAGACAUUACAAUUGAUAGACUGUGAUGGCAUACAUAAUUUCCCUACAAAUUGUAAUAGAAACAAAGAGAUAAUAUAUCCUAGUCGUGUGCCAUAUUAUAAUGUCAGACAGACAUAACGGGCAUUACUGGCUACAUCAUUCCAUCUUCUUUUGAACGAUCACGACUGCUGAGGGUACUAGGCCUGUAAAUAAAACAAGAACUUUGUACUAUCUUCUUCAUGAAAAAUUUUUUAUAUGUUAAUUGUGAUUAUUUAAUCACAAUUACGAUGAUACUAUCACAUUAUAAUUGAUAAAAUUGCACAAUUAAUUAAUAAAUUUGUACUAUAGAAAUUAU